UGCUGCGUCCGCUGGCACACUGGAGUGAUGCAGCUUGUGUUGGCAUGGAUUGCAGCGGCCACAGCGAUGACCCCACAGCGCGCAAUCGUCGUGGGAGGCAGCUCCGGAAUGGGUAAGGCGGCGGCAAAGCAGUUUGUGAAGAAUGGCGGCCACGCGUUGCUCGUAUCGCGUAGUGCCGACAAGCUGCAGCGCGCGCGCGAGGAGAUUAUGCGUGAGACGGGCGCCGACGCGUAUGCGGUGGACACGGCGGCCGUCGACGCCACCGACGAGGCGUCCGUCGCAGCGUUCGCGGCGGGACUCGCUCCCGACAGCUACGAUGCCUUGGUCGUCUCGGCGGCGGGCCGGGCGCCGCAUGGACCCGUCGCCGAGCUUGACGUCGCGGACGCUCGAGGCAUGAUGGACUCUAAAUUCUGGACGGCGUGGCACUGCGCCAAGCACGUCGCGCCUGUUCUCGCCGACGGCGGAUCGAUCACGUUUGUUGCGGGCGUCUUGAAUCGACGGCCGGGCAAGAACUGCGCACCUCUGGCCGCGACGAACGGCGCACUGGAAGGCUUGACUCGUUCCCUGGCUCUGGACCUGGGCCCUCGAUUGCGAGUGAAUUGUAUGUCUCCCGGCUUCUGCGAUACGGAGCGCUUCGAUCAUAUGGAUACCGAGAGGAAGGCGGCGAUGCUCGCCAACACGGCGGCGUCGCUACCGCUCCAGCGAGUAGGGGAGCCCGCGGACAUGGGCGCGGCGAUCCACUACCUCGCGUCGGCACAGUUCGUCACGGGCGUAGUCCUGGACGUCGACGGUGGGCACGGCGUCCGCCAAUACGCGGACGCGGCGACGGACCCGAUGAGGCGUGGGGACGGGUAAUUCGAUUCUGC